UCUUGUUCCUUGCUCGGUUUCUUUCGGAUAUGCUCUGUGGCUCGAUAAUUUAUAUCUAUUGGUUUAACCUUACUAUAUUUAUGCUUCGGACAAAUCAUUCAGGUUAUGUUUAAUCAUAUAUAAAUAAAUCAAUGUAAAUUAGUAAAUUGCACUUUUAAUGUUAGAAGGGUAGAACAAAGUUCCAUUAUCGUUCAACGUUUCAACCGACUAAGAACGUACACGUCAAAAGAUACGAGAUAUCGCGCGAAUUAUACGCAGAAAAAGAAAAACCUAGAGAUUCUAAUGUCAAUUAUCAAAGAUAUAAAAAGAAGAUGGAGCUAGACAUAAAAAGGAUUGUAUUGAAAUUAUGGCUACUGAAUGUUUUGAUGACAACCUCCAUCAGCGCAGCAGUACCUCUUAGGGAUCAUUAUCAAAGUCUGAUAGGUGGUCAAGGCUUGUAUAAUUCCAGCGAUGAUGUAGUGAUUCUUAAUGCCACAAACUUCAAAACGAAUGUUUAUGGCAGCACCAAGAGUUGGCUAGUUGAGUUUUACAACAGUUGGUGUGGCUUUUGUUAUAGAUUCGCGCCGACUUGGAAAGCUUUGGCAAGCGAUAUUCUUUCUUGGAACGAUAUCGUCGUAGUUGCGGCAAUAGAUUGCGCCGACGAUGACAACAAUCCAAUCUGUCGCGAAUACGAGAUCAUGCAUUAUCCAAUGCUAAAAUAUUUUUCCGUGAAUGCGCAUCCACCAUCUUUAGGUCUAGUGAUAGAAAAAGGAGACAACAUCGAUUCGGUGAGGCAUAACUUGAUUAAUAGACUCGAGACGGAACAACAGGAAGGACGAGGAUCCACAUGGCCUAACAUUACACCAUAUAGGAAUGUUGAAAUAACAGACAUAUGGAGAACAACAUCCAAUAAUGUAAAGUAUUUCUUUUUUAUUUUUGAAAAUACGGAUUCCGACUUGGGCACGGAGGUUAUUCUUGAUUUGCAUAGAAUCAGCAGCUUGCAAAUACGCAGGGUGACCUCCGAUAAUGAACUGUUAUGCGUGAUGAACAAGGUUACCAAAUUUCCGACUUUGAUAGCCUUUGGGCGCAAUGAGUCACAGAGGGUUGUUAAUGUGAGAGUAUCAUCGAGACAGGGAGUGCGACGCGCUAUUAAGGAUUACGUAAUUGCUAAAGGAGUUAACAUCGAUGAGACGAUAGGUACGACAGUAUCCCACGAUAUGGCACAGAAUGUCGAGAAUGCACAUCAAACAACAAUUGGGACGAUUGUCAAGUCUCGCGAAGAGCAGGAAGAGGAACAACAUUCAUCGAAAAAGACUGACGAUUAUUUAUACCAACUAGAUUUGGAAAAUGCAUUGCGUUAUUCGAUGAACAACGAGAUAUCCCUAACUAAAUCGAUAGACGGCGAGAAAAUGGAAGCCUUACGAAAAUAUCUUGCAGUGCUGGCGGCGUAUUUUCCUCUACGGCGUGGUAACACAUAUUUAGAGGUGAUACGCGACGUCAUCAAGAGCAGGACGUCCAUAACCGGCGAAGAAUUCAGCCAGCUAGCAAAGACAACAGAAGAAGAGAUGUCGCCGGUGUUCUCGGGAUUGCAUCAUCAGUGGAUAGGAUGCAAGGGUAGCGCAAAUUCAUAUCGGGGAUAUCCUUGCGGAUUGUGGACCAUGUUUCAUAUGUUAACUGUGAACUUUGCUCUAGAACCGAGCAAGGUUCCUCAGGCAGAUUUCUCGCAAGAUCCUGUGGCAGUGUUGCGAGCGAUGUAUGGCUAUAUCGAAACGUUCUUCGGAUGCGCCGACUGCGCCGCACAUUUCGUGGAAAUGGCCGGCAAGAAUAGGAUAUUUGACACGCGCAGCAGAGACGAAGCCGUACUCUGGCUGUGGCGAGCGCAUAAUGAAGUGAACGCUCGAUUGUCGGGUGACGCUACGGAGGAUCCCGAGCACAAAAAAAUACAAUAUCCCGCAGCAGAGCAUUGCUCGGCGUGCAGAUUCCUUAAUGGCAGCUGGAACGAGAAAGAAGUUCUACAAUAUUUGAGAACUAAGUACAGUUAUAGCAGCAUCAAAUAUGAUGGGAUUAGCGACUAUGAUAGCGAUGUCGGCACGAUCAACGUCGGCAAUGGUUCGAAAGUUAGAUUGGAGAGACUUGCCAAGGAGAAACACACCACUGCUUUUGGCUGGGAUUUGAAUAUAUUCGACAUCAGCAUCUGUGUAGUGCUAUAUAUUACUUCAGCAGCGAUACUCAUAUUAGUAUGCAUUAAGUUUGCUGUUAAGAGAACUAAAAAAAAGAGCUACAUCAAUCUCUUGCCCAAAGUAUGAUCUUCUCUUCCUUAUACACUUUGUGCUAAACGCCGUCGUGCAACAUUCUUGGACCAGCAAGUGUUGUUUAGAUCAUCUCAGUUCUAAUUUAAAAAACUGGUAAGUCACAAAUUUUCAGGUUGUGAUAUCAUUCAAUUAUAACAAUCAUUUUUAAAUGGUGUAUCAUAAAUUGUGAAAAGUCACAGUAGUUAAAAAUGGUAAUGAAAUAAUAAUUUCCAAACAAAAAUCAAAAUAAUGCAUCUCAUAUUAGCAAUGAUAAUCUCUCUUUAAUCUCUGACUCAUUCAUGAGUCUUGAAUAAAAAUUAAAUUGCCAAAUAUGUAAUUACAAAAUCGAUCUCCUUUGUCGUCCUAAACUUAGUAACUUUAUAAUGUUGUCGCGUCUGUAGAUUUAUUUACUAUCGAUUUUUACAAUUAUUUAACACUUUGCCUUGUGAAAAAUAUAAGAAUAUAAAGAUACGCCUAAUAAUACAUAUAGUCAAUGAAAUAAGAAUAAAUUAUAAGUAUAUAUACAUUCUUCUUUAAAUAAAACAAUUAUUUAAUAUUACUAUAUAGUAUUUCCUUGUUUCAUGAUAUAUGCUCAGAUUAGUCGCCAUCAAAGAAAAGACUUAUCUUCCAAAAAUUUCCAUAAAUCUUUUUGAUGGCUUUUGAAAGUAAAAGUGAGACAAAAAUAAAAGCAAGUAAGAUAGAAUGAAAAAAUUGUUAGCAUUAAAAUUAGAGCGCUGCCAGAUGAUCACAUGGAUGAUUCACUGUCAUAAAAUGAAGUCCUUCGUGAAACGAGGAGAUCUAUACACAGAAUAAUACUCUUGGCCACAUUGUUUGGCAUGCAUUUAUAUAGUAUAUUUAUAAUUGUCUUAAAAUUGCAACACAUAAAAUGUGGACAGUUCUUUUUAUUUGACGCACAAUGAGUGUGUUGUGACUGAAAUGAUUCCCUAUCAAAAUUGUAUUAUUACACAUUAUAUUAUACAUAUAUUAAAUCCUAAACAGUAUAAAAACAAUAAAACUAAUAAUUAUUAUGAAAUAUAUAAGAAAGGAAAAAGACCAAUAUAAAGAGAUAAUUAUUUCCUUAUUUUAUAGCCUGUAGCUUCCAGAAAUAUUUGUUUAGAAAUCUUCCUUUUAUAUUUUUUAUACGGUUACUUUUAUAUAUUUACAUGAAAAAUUUUAUACUGUUUAGGGUAAACUGUAGAUGUUCAAGCAAAGAAAAAAAUUGAUAACUAUUAUGUUGAUGUGUAUUUAAAAACUAAAUGUCCAAAAUAUUGGAUUAACGAUGAGUUUGUGAUUAGUUUACUAUAAUUGCGUUUGAAUUGUAAUUGAGAUUGUGUAAAAAAAGAUGUGAUUGUGAUUCGAUAUGCCUGUAAUAUCUAGAUGAAAGUUGA